AUGAAUCAACAACGCUUGCAAAAAGCUUUUUACCAGACAGAGAACGGCUACGAGACUCGUAUCCAAUACCUGGAGGAGGUCGUCCACCUCCUGUUAGCUAGAACAAAUCUCAAUCAAUCUCCUCGUGGCCCCUCCGCUCCUCUGAAUGGCUCAUUCCAAAGCUCAGCGGAUCGAGGCCUUGUCUCCUUGGUUCCCGCUACCGGUUCCUUUCGCUACUUCAAAGAUAAAGGCCUGGUCCCAGUUCUAUCCAAAACCGCAGCAAAAGCUCUAUCAAACGACUGGCGAAUGAUAAAUCAGCAUGGAGGAAUCCAUCCGAUCCAACAUUGUCGAUCUGCAUCCAAGGACCCGUCAAAGACAUGGUUGGGAUCCUCGCGAAAUCAAACGGGUAUCAACGCUGCCUUUUGGGCCGCAAAUGCUGAGAAGCGUUGUCUGAAGGCGGCCCUUAUUGAUCAAACUACUCAACCUGCCGGCGCCGCUAACGAUAUCGAUCCACACAAUCUACCCCUCCCUUCAUCCAACCCUGCCUCGCGACCCCCGUCACCUCGGCCAUCGCCGACUCUGAUCUCUAGCCAAUCGGACGGUUCGUCCGUCCUCCCUCCACCGCCUCUACCGCAGCACAAGGCUGCCUCGCGAUCAGCCGCUUCGUUGGUUGACUUACAACUGGGCAGCUCUAUCGUCCCACCUUCAUCGCCUCUACCGCAGCCCAAUACAACCUCGCGACCAAACGCAGAUCCUAAAGCUAACACCACACCCCGCCAAUUGCAUACCUCAAAACCAUUUCCGUCCUCUGAUCAACCGGUAUCAGACGAAAUCAAUUGCGAUCAGGCCACGGCAAGACCGUUAACGAGACCGCUGCCGCCUUCCAUACUCUUGAAAGACGCGCCACUCCAAUCGCUCUUCCUAGAUUGUUCACUGUCCUCUGGUCGCACGGAGUCACCCAAUGCAAAGCUUAAUCAAACCAAACCGUUUACAGACGCGGUCACAACCAGGCUUUGCAGAUCGACACCCACCUCUCCUAUUGUCUCUACCGACAACAACGAAAAGCCACCUACAGAACCUCUCACUCGGCCCCAUCAUCCCCCCUCGACUACUCCUUCUCCACCCCCAAUGUUCAAUGAUCUCAAGACCUCAGCGAUAAUCCCUGAUCAACAACAUCCUAUGCCUGAUGACAACUUGAGUAGUAUUGUAACACCACCAGAGCUUGCAACUGCUCCCUUGGCUCCACCUGAAUCUUUUGAAUCAAAAUCCGCUUUAUCAUCCACUCCUAAUUGUAGCUCAUCCCUGAUCUGCCCAACUGCCCAAAGCUGCCCUGAAAACCUUGAGGUAGCUGCAGUCGGAGGCAUCGAAAUUUUAGAUAAUGGUGACAUCAAUUCUAUAGAAGCCCGAAUAGCCCCAGAAUAUUCACAAUCCACUCUAGAUUACUACAAUGACAUCCAAGAGUACCUCCAGCAGGCCAAUGCGGAUGAGACUGAAACAAAGAAGAAGAAGAAGAAAAAGAAAAAGAAAAAGGCCAACCCAACUUCAACUCCCGACAAUCCGAUCUUAUUUUAUGUUUGAUACCUUCACCCUCUGUUCCCCACACAUAUCCUCCUACCUUCCUCACCUUCCAAAUACUUUCCUUUCUAUAUUAAUUCUAUUUUCCUCAAGCUCCUCUCAGUUUUGUUCCAGUAUCAGCCACCACCCCUGAACUCUUCUACACUUCCCCUGCUUUCCAGUUUUUUUUCCUCAGUUCUUGCUUUUGUUUAAUUUCCCCCUCUUUAUUUUCUCUUAUAGGAGGGGAGACUGUAAGCCCUGCUCCUCACAGGCUUACACAAACAUGUCACAUGAUUACAUAAGCUUGUUCUGGCUUGUAUUUAGUCUCACUUUCCCCCUUUACCUAGACAGCAGAGAUCUCUCUCUCCCGUCUAGGUAAGUACCCAAUCCUCCUUCAUUCUCUUCUCAUUUCUUUCCUCCUUUUCUUCACUUGUAGAUACUAACAGAGAGAUCUCUCUCUCCCGUCUAGAACUGAAAUAAAACACACUUUGGUACUAGAAUCCUUCUCUCAGGAGCUAUUGAGCCCUUGUCUAGUGCCAUUUCCGACGGACAGUGAAGGACUC